CAGCUUUUUGACUAUGAUCUCAUUAUUCGCUCUCCUCAUGGAGGCGUCGUGGUGUAUUCAGCAGCUUUGGCUUCACGCAAGCGUCUUGCUCUUUGUUUUUGCCGUGUCUUUUGCACAGAAGACGGCUGUUAAGGAUGCCGGGGCUUCAUAUGAUAAAUGUCAGGUGUAUGAGAAGGUCCCCUGUGGAGAUCCUGCUAUUUGCAAGGCUGCUUGUGAAGCUAUAAACUGCUGUUUUGAUGGCCAGCAGUGUUACUAUGGGAAUGCAGUCACUGUACAGUGCACCAGGGAUGGCCAGUUUGUGCUUGUGGUGGCCAAGGAUUCCACUGUACCCCAGAUGGAUCUGACUAGUAUUUCCCUGCUGGGAGGAAAAGAUGCUGCUUGCACUCCUGUAGCCACCACAGAUGCCUUUGCCAUCUACAACUUCCCAGUGACUGCCUGUGGCACUGUGGUCAAGGUGGCCAGUAACUACGUGGUGUAUGAGAACAGGAUGUCAUCCUUGUAUGAAGCUGAGGUCGGGCCUCUAGGUUCCAUCACAAGGGACACUCACUAUGAGCUGCUUUUCCAGUGUCGGUAUUGGGGCACUGACCUCUCCCUGGUGGCUGAGGUGAAUACAGUUCCACCACCACUUCCAGUAGCUGCUCCAGGGCCUCUCCGAGUUGAGCUGAGGCUGGCAAAAGGCCAGUGCUUCACUAAACCGCCUGAAGGAACCUCUGCAUAUGCCUCCUACUACCAGGAGAGUGACUACCCUGUUACCAUGGUGUUGCAGCAACCAUUAUAUGUUGAGGUUCGCCUCCUGAAUAGGACCGACUCCAACCUUGUCCUGCUUCUGCAGAGCUGCUGGGCAACAGCUAGCGCUGACCCUCUGAGCCUGCCUCAGUGGAGACUCCUGAGUGAUGGAUGCCCCAACCAGGGUGACAAGUACGUGACCAACUUGAUUCCUGUCGAUGGCUCCUCUGGGCUUCCUUUCCCAACCCACUACAAGCGGUUCACUGUGAAGAUGUUCACAUUUGUGGACCCAGCGUCUUGGCAGCAUCUGCAGGGGAAGGUGUUCAUCCACUGUAGUACAGCUGUGUGCCAGCCUUCAGCCACUGACAGCUGUGAACAGAGGUGCUUCAGGAAAGGUAGGGAUGUUGCUGCUGUCCCCAAAUGCCCCUCCCAUGACAAGUCCAUAGUAUCCAGUGGGGAACUGGAUCUGGUGGCCGCAAUGGCAAGACGCCCAGCUGGCAGGUGGUGAUAGCUGUGGUCACUAGUGGGUAACUGGAUAUGUAGAAGCUGCGCAAGUGCCUUAAUAAAGGUGACUGACUUUA